AAAGUGUUCACAAUAAUCAGUCCGAUCAAAGUGGACACAAAAAUAUCCGAUAGUAAACAUGGACUAGAAAACAUCAACAAUAUAAUUAACGAUAAAAUGUAAACACAAGAUUUUUUAAUUCAAGUUUUAAUCAAAAUUAUCAGUGCUAACUAUCAUGUGAGAAUGACUGUGAAAGAAAUUAUUCACAUUCAUAUUGGUCAAGCUGGAGUUCAAGUAGCGAAUGCAUGUUGGGAGCUUUAUUGUCUGGAGCAUGGAAUCAGACCCGAUGGUAUAUCGGCUUUUCAAAACAAUGACGCAGGUUGCGGUACAUUCUUUAACGAAACUGGAGCAGGGAAAUAUGUACCAAGAUGCGUAAUAGUUGAUUUAGAACCGACACCUAUAGACGAAAUAAGAACUGGUGCAUAUCGAGACCUGUUUCAUCCACAUUCUUUAUUAACGGGUAAAGAAGACGCUGCAAGUAAUUUUGCUCGCGGAUAUUUUGGCGUGGGUCGAGAAAUGAUAGACGUAGCUCUCAAUAGAGUUCGUAUAGUGAGCGAAGACUGUUCCCAGUUACAAGGGUUUAUUAUUGUCCGAUCAUUCGGUGGAGGUACUGGUUCAGGGUUCACACCGCUCGUGCUCGAAGGUUUGAAAAAAGAUUACGGAAAGCUAUCCAAAAUAGAAUAUGCCGUUUAUCCCGCUCCAAAAAUAUCGCCGAUCAUUGUGGAACCAUAUAACGCAGUAUUCACUUCCCAUGCGUGUAUGGAUAUAACAGACGUUGCUUUUAUUUUUGACAACGAAGCACUCUAUGAUAUUUUGGCCAGAGACUUAGAUGUACCAAGACCUACUUAUACCAACUUGAAUAGACUUGUUGCACAAGUAAUCGCUUGUAUGACAGCAUCCAUGAGAUUUCCCGGUUCCCUAAAUAUGGAUUUGGUAGAUUUUCGAACUAAUCUGGUACCUUUUCCAAGGAUCCACUUUCCAUUGAUUACAUUUGCACCAUUUGUUUCUGCCGCAAAAGCGUAUCAUCAAACAUUAUCGACCAGUCAACUAAUGGUUUCUUGCUUCGAACCAUCCAACCAGAUGGUUAAAUGUGAUCCCAGAGGUGGACAUUAUAUGUCAUGUUGUGUGCUGUUUAGAGGAGAUGUGAGCCCUAAUGACAUUAACUCUUCAAUCGACCAAAUUAAAAGUAUGAGAGGCAUAAAAUUCGUGUCUUGGUCUCCAACUGGGUUCAAGAUUGGUAUAAAUGAACAACCACCAGUUACGGUCCCUGGAGGAGAUUUAGCGGCCUUGCAAAGAGCGUGCGUAAUGGUUUCAAACACAUCAGCUAUAAGAAUAGCUUGGGAACGUCUUUGUAAGAAGUUCUCGCUGUUAUAUUCCAAGAGAGCUUUCGUCCACCAUUAUGUCGGCGAAGGAUUAGAAGAAGGUGAAUUUAAACAUGCACUUCACAACAUUAAAGCGCUGUCAAACGAUUAUAAAGAAAUGGAGGGAUAAAUAAUUUCAAGUACCGUAGCUUUGAGUUUGUUUAAAUGUCUAUUUCGUGUCCCGUGUUUAUUUUGAAGUUCUUUGUUGAAACGACGAAAUUUAUGAAGUAACGAAAUAUAA